UCUCCACCUCCAUCAUACUCCUCUCCAUCCCCAUCAUCUUCAUCUCCAUCACCCUCAUCCUCAUCUCCAUCAUCCCCCUCUCCACCGCCAUCAUACUCCUCUCCACCAUCCCCAUCAUCUUCAUCUCCAUCACCCUCAUCCUCAUCUCCAUCACCCCCAUCUCCACCUCCAUCAUACUCCUCUCCACCAUCCCCAUCAUCUUCAUCUCCAUCACCCUCAUCCUCAUCUCCAUCACCCCCAUCUCCACCUCCAUCAUACUCCUCUCCACCAUCCCCAUCAUCUUCAUCUCCAUCACCCUCAUCCUCAUCGCCUCCAUCAUCCCCAUCUCCACCUCCAUCAUACUCCUCUCCACCAUCCCCAUCAUCUUCAUCCCCACCACUCCCAUCCUCAUCUCCAUCAUCCCCAUCUUCACCUCCAUCAUACUCCUCUCCAUCAUCCCCAUCUCCAUCACCUCCACCACCACCGUCACCCUCACCUCCAUCACCCCCAUCCUCAUCGUCUCCAUCAUCUGCGUCUCCACCUCCACCAUACUGA